AUGGAGUCUCGGCAUCGUCCGCCCCUGAAAGCACAAGCCGGUAUCGAAUAUUCAGCAUUGAGUUGCCGAAGACAUAGUGCGGUUCUAACGGAAUUUGGAGCGGUCGACGACGGAAAAACUUCAAACACAGAAGCGUUUAGAGACGCCAUUAGCACGCUAAGCCCGAUGGCGGCUGACGGAGGAGUUCAGCUUAUUGUCCCGCCGGGAAAAUGGCUCACGGGAAGCUUCAACCUCACCAGCCAUUUCACUUUAUUCAUCCAGAAAGGAGCAACUCUCUUAGCCUCUCAGAAUGAAAUAACACAAUAUGGUCGAGGUUAUUUCUCAAUGACGAAUCUGAAUACAGAAUACCCCGUGGUUGCACCAUUGCCGUCGUACGGACGAGGAAGGGAUGCACCAGGACCAAGGUUCGCUAGUUUAAUAUCGGGCACGAAUCUGACGGACGUCAUUAUCACCGUGUAUUGUGAGAAUGUUAUCAUCAAGGGUGUUACAAUUCUUGCUCCCAUCGAUUCUCCUAACACCGAUGGAAUCGACCCCGAUUCUUGCACCAACACCUUAAUUGAAGACUGUUACGUAGUCUCCGGCGACGACUGCAUCGCGGUUAAAAGCGGUUGGGACCAAUACGGAAUCAAGACCGCGAUGCCGACACAACAACUAUCGAUCAGACGGCUAACAUGCAUCUCACCGGACAGUGCAGGAGUAGCACUUGGGAGCGAGAUGUCCGGUGGGAUCAAAGACGUUAGGAUCGAAGACAUAACGCUGAUCCAAACGCAAUCCGCGAUCAGAAUCAAAACCGCGGUUGGACGUGGCGGUUACGUUAAAGACAUUUUUGCAAGGAGGGUAACUAUGAAGACGAUGAAAUACGUUUUCUGGAUGAGCGGUGCGUAUAACCAACACGCGGAUGGUAAGUGGGAUGCAAAGGCUUUACCGGUGGUUAAGAACAUUAACUACCGUGAUAUGACGGCGGAGAACGUUACGAUUGCGGCGUGGCUUGAAGGGAUCAAGAACGAUCCUUUUACCGGGAUUUGUAUGUCGAACGUGAGUAUUUUGUUGUCUCCUAAACCGAAGAAGCUUCAGUGGAAUUGUACGGAUAUAGCCGGAGUUACGAGUAAGGUGACGCCGGAGCCGUGUAGUUUGUUGCCGGAGAAAGCAAAACCGGUGGAUUGUGCGUUUCCGGAAGAUAAGAUUCCGAUUGAGAGUGUUGUUAUGAAGAAGUGUGUUGCUUAG